GGAGAAAAUGGUAAAACCACCAGCAAGUCUCUUUCUGUCUGACCUUUUCUCUCACUCAAAUCUUUGGCGUCUAUCCCGAUAAGUGACGACCUGCAACCCCGAGUCGUCUUCUUUCUCUUUGAUAGUCUUGGACUCUGAGUCUCUCUCUCUCUCUCUGUAGAAAAAAAGCAAUUUGGUUUCAAGAGUUGGUAGUUAAGGAUGUCAAGUGUUGCAGCAACACACUGGUGUCACCAAUGCAGGCAGCCUUUCUGGCUUCAGGAGGGGGAUAUCUGUUGCCCUGAUUGUGGUGGAGGAUUUGUAGAAGAACUCAGUGAGAUGCAUGGUCUCCCGCAAGCCUUCAUGCCAGAUUCAGGAGACUUUCCCCAUCAAAAUCCUGAUUUUUUGGAAAUGUUAUAUGCUCUGAUGGGCCGAGGUGAUCCUCUUAUUGAUGCUUUUGUGAGACAAAGAAUGGCUGCAAGAAAUCCUAACUUUGAUGUUCGAGGGAGAUCUAGCCUUGUAUCUCAGCGGAGUUCUGGGGUUCCAAACCCCGUUCCGUUUUUGAUAUUCCAUGGUCAACUUCCGGGUUUGGCCUUCUCUAAUGGAAUUCCAGGAAGUGGACAUAGGCGAGUUGAUAUUGGUGACUACUUUAUGGGCCCAGGAUUGGAAGAGCUGAUUGAACAGCUUACCAUGAAUGAUCGACGGGGUCCUCCUCCCGCAUCUCGUACCUCUAUUGAUGCUAUGCCUACUAUAAGGAUUACACGUAAUCAUCUUCUCACUGAAUUGCACUGUCCUGUGUGCAAGGAUAAAUUUGAGUUGGGGUCUGAAGCUAGGGAGAUGCCGUGUAACCAUAUCUAUCACUCUGAUUGCAUCGUUCCUUGGUUGGUUCAGCACAAUUCAUGCCCUGUAUGCCGUGUGGAGUUACCUUCUCGUGGUACUGCUAGUGCUAGUGCUCGUAGCAACCGAAAUUUGGGUGGAGAGAACAAUAGCAGUGACAAUGGUAGCUCUAGUAGUAGGGAGACCAGUCGCCAGAAUAAUGGAAGGAGAAGUCCUUUUUCAUAUUUGUGGCCGUUCCGCUCAUCAAAUUCAAACAGUCGUCAAUAUGGGGAAGCAAACAGUCAUCAGUAUGGUGAAACAAAUAAUCGUCAGUAUGGUGAAACUGGAGGAAGUAGCUCAUCAGCUACCCAUGAACCGAAUCACGAGAUGGGUUACUCUGGUUGGCCCUUUGAUUACUGAGGAUUAAAAGUUGCCUUUCCUGAUGGUGAGUGAAAAAUGGCAUAUUGGUUAAUAACGCUAGCCAAGUUUGGUGUGCGAAUGGCUUUAGGGAUGGUACAUUGAAGGUAUAGGUACUUGGUCUACACUGUGUUGUAAAUAUAUGCUAGGUGGAUUUUUCUUUUUAACUUUUUUGCAAUUUUUCUUUUUCUUUUUGUUUUUGCGUUUCUUUUUUCUGCUGGUGGUAUGCUAGGUGGAUUUGAAACUGGAGGGUUCAAUUUGUUAAGGAAAAGUUCUUAUUGUAUGAGCAAAUGGGAAUUUAUGCAUGUAAUCUUGUUUUCUA